AAGGAGUUGAUGGUUGUUUGUUUAAGAUGAAGGGUCACUCUCACUCAACCUCUCCACUCUUUUCUCAACAGCCAGCAAAUCAACGGUCCACAUCAUCAACAAAGUCCACCGACGAACAUAUCAUCCGUCAAUCUUUUGACUCUCAUUUUUACAUUCAUACCCUCAACUCACCGACACAAUACAACAAAAACAUCAGGGUCAUUUCUGUCAUUCAAUACACAAAACCAAUUAACCAACCACUAAACUCCAAAAUCCAGUGGCAGUGAUACUCCCGCGAGAACAACAAUCGUUGCCAUUUGCCACUGCAUUCUCUCGCCGCAAUCGGGUCGGGUCAUACCAGAUCCAUUUCGAAGCACACUGUGUACUAGGUUGUUGUUCGUGCUGUUAUUUCUUUUUUCUGUUUUAACCAUUUCUAACAUUAAUUCAUCGAUCUUCCAAAUAUAGAAAUUGUCUCUGUCAUUCAUUUUCGUUUAGCUGUAACAACUAAUUUCCGGUACGAAGUUGCUACAUUGAGUUGUUAAACAAGUAAGAAAUAACAAUGUGUUUGUUUGGGGUUUGAUUUUAUAUACAAAAAAAAAAAAAAAAGUUAGAUCCAAAACCCCAAACUCUGUUUCUGCAUUUUUGUUCAUAAUGGCAAAAUCAAGAUCAAAAGGAGGAUGUUGUGGUUGGUUUAUUGCGCUUGUGAUUCUUGCUCUUGUAGUUGGUGCUAUUGUUUAUGCCGUUAAGAAGAAAAUCGAUAACUCAGAUUCAGAUAAACCAGCUCCUGUUCCUGGUCCUCCUGGUGCCAUUGAACAGAAAUAUGCUUCUGCUCUCAAAACUGCAAUGCAAUUCUUCGAUGUGCAAAAGUCUGGAAAGUUAGUGAACAACAAAAUAAGUUGGAGAGGGGAUUCCGGUCUUAAGGAUGGAAGUCAAGCAAAUUUAGAUCUGUCAAAAGGAAUGUAUGAUGCCGGGGAUCACAUGAAGUUUGGUUUUCCUAUGGCUUUUACUGCCACAGUGCUAUCGUGGGCGAUUCUUGAAUAUGGAGAUCAAAUGGAUGCUGUUGGCCAGUUGGAACCAGCUCAAGAUUCACUCAGAUGGAUCACUGAUUAUCUUGUCAAUGCUCACCCUUCGGAGAAUGUUCUGUAUAUUCAGGUCGGAGAUCCUGUUGCAGAUCACAAGUGUUGGGAUAGACCUGAGUCAAUGACCGAGGCAAGACCCCUCAUACAAGUGAACACAUCCUGUCCUGGAUCAGAUGUUGCAGCUGAAACUGCAGCAGCCAUGGCAUCAGCAUCUUUGGUCUUCAAAGAGGCAGAUUCUACAUAUUCAAGCACUCUCCUCAAGCAUGCAAAACAGUUAUUUACUUUUGCGGACAAGCAUAGAGGAAUUUACAGUGAGAAUAUACCUGAAGUCGCGACAUAUUAUAACUCAACUGGAUACGGGGACGAACUUUUGUGGGCAGCUGCCUGGCUCUAUCAUGCUACAGGUGAUAAUUCUUACCUUCAGUAUGCGACUGGCCAAAAUGGAGAAGACUAUGCUCAAUUUGGAAGCCCGACCUGGUUUAGUUGGGACAACAAGCUUGCCGGAACUCAGGUUUUGUUAUCCAGAAUAAGCUUUUUUAAGGCAAAGGGUCUUUCCAGUUCAUUUGGCUCUGGCCUACAAAAUUACCGGAAAACUGCUGAGGCUGUAAUGUGUGGCCUUCUUCCAGAUUCUCCCACAGCCACAGAAAGCAGAACAGAUCACGGUCUGAUAUGGGUGAGCGAGUGGAACUCUUUGCAGCAACCUGUUGCAUCUGCAUUCUUAGCUGCUGUUUACAGUGAUUAUAUGCUUACAACGCAGACCCCCAAACUAAAAUGUGAUUCAGAUUCCUUCACCCCAUCAGAUCUUCGAAACUUUGCCAGAUCUCAGGCUGAUUACGUGUUGGGCAAGAAUCCUCUGCAUAUGAGUUUUCUGGUGGGAUAUGGAAACAAAUACCCACAAUUCGUGCAUCACAGAGGCGCUUCAAUUCCUGCUAAUGCAAAAACAGGUUGCAAGGACGGCUUCCAGUGGCUUGACUCAACUGAUCCAAAUCCCAAUGUAGCUACUGGAGCACUUGUUGGUGGACCCUUCUUAAAUGAUACUUUUAUUGAUUCCAGGAACAAUUCUAUGCAAACAGAACCAAGCACAUACAACGGUGCUGUCAUAGUUGGUCUGUUGUCAAGUUUAGUCACCACAUCUUCGGCCGUUCAAUCGUUUUCCUAAGCUGUAGCUUCUUCGUCUUCAGUUCCACCCAAAAGAAGUUCACUCCGGUUUGAGUUUUAUGUGGCUUUAUUCAUUUCCUGAUCAUCACAUAUUAUAAGUGUAUCGAUCAUGAUAUUGUAACUACACGAUUGAUUUUGAGUGUGUGAACCGUGUGUGUGAAUAGGUUAGUUGUUAAUGUAUCGUGAAGUUUGAUUUAUAGUUGUUACCUCACCAGCUCUGAGCAAUUUUACUGCACUUGUUUGUAGAAUCUAUCGUUCAUUCUUCUUGUUGGUAUUAUUAGAAGGCGAUCACAUUAUUGAUCUUCUUCGGUUUUCUUUCAUUCUA